UUUGCUGGAGAGCGGGACAGGCACCCAGAGGGGGAAAUACAAGGCGUGGGACCGCCAGCAGGCGAGGGCUCCGCAGACAGCACCAAAGCAGCCGAGCAGGAGGUCGGAGUUGACCAAGUCCAGCACCAUGGGUUUGCUCGAGUGCUGUGCCAGAUGUCUCAUUGGGGCACCCUUUGCUUCACUGGUUGCCACGGCCUUGUGCUUCUUUGGGGUAGCACUGUUCUGUGGCUGUGGGCAUGAAGCCCUCACAGGCACUGAGGAUCUCAUUGAGACCUACUUCUCCAAAAACUUCCAGGACUAUGAGUAUCUCAUCGAUGUCAUCCACGGUUUUCAGUACUUCAUCUAUGGCACGGCCGCUUUCUUCUUCCUCUAUGGAGCCCUGCUGCUGGCCGAAGGCUUCUACACCACCGGCGCCGUCCGGCAAAUCUUUGGGGACUACAGGACCACCAUCUGCGGCAGGGGCCUCCACUCGUGGCAGCGGGUGUGUCAGUGUUUGGGAAAGUGGCUAGGACAUCCUGACAAGUUUGUGGGCAUUACCUACGUCCUGACCAUCAUCUGGCUCCUGGUCUUCGCUUGCUCCGCGGUGCCUGUCUACAUCUAUUUUAAUACUUGGACCACCUGCCAGUCCAUUGCCAACCCCACCAAGACCUCUGCCAGCAUUGGCACCCUGUGUGCGGAUGCCAGGAUGUAUGGCGUCCUGCCCUGGAAUGCUUUCCCUGGCAAGGUGUGUGGCUCCAACCUGCUCUCCAUCUGCAAGACCAGUGAGUUCCAGAUGACUUUUCACCUCUUCAUCGCAGCCUUUGUGGGGGCAGCUGCCACGCUGGUCUCACUGCUCACCUACAUCAUCGCCGCCACCUACAACUUUGCAGUCCUCAAGCUGAUGGGCCGAGGCACCAAGUUCUAGCCGGCGCGGCGGAGCCCAGCCAGACCAAACGCCCUUCUUUUCUCUAACCCCAAGGCUUUAACACUGCAGCCACCUGACACCAGGUCUCCUGCGUUAACUCUGCCUUCGCUGCUGACUCCCCUCCUCUUCCUCCCUCGCAUCCAUCAUGCUGAGUGUGACCAGGAAGGAGAGCUUCCCACCAAUGGACACCUCUUCAUGCACUUUUCUCUCUUUGCUCAUCCGUAAAUGGUUCGCUCUAGAGCGAAGCCCUUCAAAACCAGACAAGAGAAGAGGAGGGACUUGUUUCACUGUCCCAAUGUUGCCUAGAGAUGAGCAAAGGCCUUCAUGCUCCUGGGAGGAAGAAAUCCAUGUAGGUUGCUCCGUGAGUAGCAAGAGGCUACCUAGAGAGAAAAGGAAGUUGGCCCAGUCCUGGUCCCAUUGCUAGAGACUCUCCUGGAGCUGUCUGCUGUCACCACCCAUGGAUGGAGAAUAAGAGAAGGAUUUUAUUUUCCCUUAGCAGAGAAAAAUGAAUUUAACCUAAAUUGCCUGCUGCAGUGAUGGCAAAGGGAGUUCAGGGCAAGGAUCUUCCCAGUGUGGAGAAGAGAGUGCUGACCCCAAUGCUGAUAAAGCCCUAACCUAGCUGCCCCUAUUAAAGCCUAAAGGAGUUUGGUGUCUCUGUAGACAAGGGGGAAUCUUGGCUUUACCCUCCAGGCAGCAGAGAGGCGGCAAAUAGGUUUGACCAACAAGGGACAUCUCUGUGCCAAGCCCUGGGAGCCUAAAGCCAGAGCCAUCCCUCCGUAGGCAGGGGGUAACCCUUGGGACCGCGUGCCUUCACCUGCCCUGCCGCGCUCGGCCCUUCACAAUGGUGCUCUUCUCUGGGGUGAUGUCUGCUUCUCUAACCUCCGCUGUGCCGGAGAGCUUGGUUUGCUUCUCACCCAUGUCAAAGGUAGCUGUCCCUCUGUCUGUCCCCCUUGUCCCCUCACUUUUUUUCCUGCAAGUCAGGACAACUGUCUUGUGUCUGCCAGGACAGGAGGGACUGGCAGCAUCUCACUUCCAGGCGAAACCCAUGAAGGAAUUGAG